UCGGUAAUGUGGGCUGCCCCGAGGAAACUGCCCACAAGCGAUAGUUUUUUUUUUUGAGGUGUACAAGCGAUAGUGUCGUGCGGGCCUGUCCGGGACGAGGAAAGACGCUUCUGGGUAAUGUGGGUUGGGCCGAUGAAACGGCCGGAAGCACCUUGAAAUACCUGGCCUUGGCGCCCAACGUAACCGCCUCGACCAACAGCUUCCUCGCCGGAGUGACGGAGUCCCCAACAAACCAAGAACCCCCGCCCUCCCUCCACCGCACAGCAGCCCACCGCCUCGGCCCUCCAGCGCCGGCGACGAUGGACCGCUUCCAGGACGGGCACCACGUGCGGCUGCGCAGCCGCGUGCCGCGCACCUACCUCCACGCCGCCGACGACGGGGAGAGCGUCAUCCUCGGCCAGCGCCGCGCCUCCAUGAACGCGGCGUGGGCGGUGCACAUCUACCACGGCGACGAUGGCCCGUACCUGCUCCUUCACAGCGCCGCCUACGGCCGCUACCUCGCCGCCACGACCACGCGGUCGCGGCUCGGCCACCGCGGCUUCCGCGCGGAGCUGUGCGACUACGACACGGCGCAGGUGGAGACCAUCAUGUGGCGGGCCGUGGGGUCAGGCUUCGCGGACGACGUCGUCCUGCUCCGCAACGUCGGCGGCCGCUACCUCCGCGCCAACGGCAGGUACAUCCGCUGGAACGCCGGCGUCAGCGUCGACAACAGCGUCAGCUCCAUGAUGUACUGGGUCGUCGAGCCCAUCCCCGCCAGAGAGGACAUGCCUGCCCUUCCUGCCCCGCCUCCGCAUCCCCCAUACGGAUACCUCCCCUUGGGCCUGUUCAUCCACCUGGACCUGGAGCCGGGACGGCUGAUCCGGUUCGUGCGGGCGCUCGACGACGGGCAGUACCCCGAGGACCCCAUGGGCCAAGGCUGGCGCCAGUUCUGGUUCAGGGGGAGGUCCGCGUUUCGCCUGAGGGACGACCUGGGGUUCCUCGUCGGCGCCGGCGUGUACUACCGGAACGUCGCCAUGUGCGUCCGAGCGGGCCGCUACGGGAGGCUGACCCCGCUCGUCGUCGACCUGCCCGACGGCGGCUAUGGCGACACCCUCGAGAUCAUCGUCUUCCGGGCCGGGACCCCUGCCUACAAUGAGCUGCGACACCCGGAUGUCAAUGCGGAGUAGAGAAAUAUCGGAGCGGGAGUCCUGAAAGUUCACCUGUCCACAAGUUUCGCCGCCUCGACGACAGCAGAACUGGACGCCUACUUUUGCCUAUAGAUAGAUAGAUAUAUGUUCAGAAAACUCUUUGUUUCUUCUGCUAGCUAAACUGCUGAGAGUGUUGCGUCCAAUGGCUGAACAAUUUUGUAAUUCUGGGAUGUGAUCUCUGGUGUGCUUCAUA